AUGAAGAUUUGUAUAACGUGCGUGUAUUGGACAUUACUUUUUAUAUCAGUUGUUUCCAGUGCACUUUUGUUCAUCAUGGUAGCUUCUGAAAGUGCACAAACCAAUUAUUACUCAUCUUUUAAAAACAAUGAAACUUCUGAAACAUAUAACAAUGAUACAUUGGAUAAUGUGAGAGAAAAUAAUAUAGAGACCUCCAGCGAACCAAUUACUGAACUAAAGGAUUCAAACAAAUUAGAUACAAAUUAUGAAGGUCAUCAAGAAGAAUUUUCUGAAGAAUCUAUUGGUUAUGAAACUGUCAUAGAUGAUAAAACAAGGAAGCAACAGGAUUCUUAUAACGAUCCAGAUAUUGUAGCUGCGAGUCUUACUCAACAACCGAAUUUAUCUCAGGGAAUUUCUGAAAAUGAACAAUCAACAAUUGUGACUUUGGUGGAUACAACUGUAGCAGAAUUACAAAGUUUAGCAGAACCAAAGUUUAAUCAUGAGUUUUCAAGGACCAGAUUAUAUGCAAAAAAUUCAUCUUUAUUAACAAAGAAUACAAAUAUCGGACAAACGGAAAAGGAACAACAAGAAAUUUUACCUAGUACACAAACUUCUUCACCGCCACAAUUUAUUAACGAAAUUACAGAAAAACUUAAUGAAACAAAUAAUUUUGAAGAGGAAUCUAUACUAUUGGCAGAUUCAGUUGGAGAGGAUGUGGUGGUAGUAGUAAGGGCUGAACAAACAGUUAUAACUAGUGAGGGAUCAGAAGACAAGCUUGAAGACGAUGUUGUUAAAAUACUUCCUGAUGAGAUACCUACAGUUGAUGAAACAUUUGCAGCAACCUCAGAAUUGAGCGAUACUAAAGCUAAAGCUCGAUUAGUGGGAGAUAAUAGGGAUGAUGCUGCUGCUACAGUUGUCCUUGGUGAAGGAAUUGUUUCUGUAGGGUCCUCAAAUUCACAGGAGGAUAUUCCAUCUUUUAGUGAGUGGACGCAAAAGAGGUUAGAAGAAGCUGAAAAGAAAAAAACACAUCCAAAUGUAUCCGUUCAGAAUUCUGGGGCACCAACACGGGGAAUUGGUGGAAUUAAGGUUCGUUCCAAGAACUAUGCUUCUCCAGAUUGUGGAGCGAAAAUUGUAGCAGCGAAUCCUGAAGCACACAGUGCUAGAAGCGUCUUAGUAUCUACUAGAGAUGAAUAUAUGCUUAAUACAUGUACGUCCCGUAUAUGGUUCGUGGUAGAACUUUGCGAGGCUAUCCAAGCCAAAAAAAUUGAAUUAGCCAAUUUCGAGCUUUUCAGUUCGUCACCAAAGGAUUUCUCAGUUUAUAUCAGUGAUCGUUUUCCUACGAGAGACUGGAGUCCAGUUGGUCAGUUCACUGCGAAAGAUAUAAAGGAUAUUCAAAAUUUUGCUUUGCAACCACAUCUUUUUGGAAAAUUUAUAAAAAUAGAACUUCAGACCUAUUAUGGAUCGGAACAUUUUUGCCCUAUUUCUUUAUUUCGUGCUUAUGGCACCAGUGAAUUUGAGGUUCUUGAGACAGAGACAGAGAAUCAAAUUUUAAGAGAGACUCAAACAAAUUUAGAUGAUGAAGAAGAUGGCGAUGAAGAGGAAGUGUUGGAUGUAGAAGACGGUGAACCACCAAGAAAUUUGUUUGGUAGUGCUAGGGAUGCUGUGUUGAGUAUUAUGAAGAAAGCAGCUGAGGUAUUAGUAAAAUCCAGUGAUUUGACUAGUAACAACAUUACGAAAAUCCAACAAAGUAUGGAUGAUGGUAAUAUCUUGGAAAAUUCUUUUAUGACUUGCACUACACCAAGAUAUACCAUUCUUUGUGAUAACUGUUCAGAUCAGAAAUUUGCAAAAAUCUUUCAAUUAGUUAGCUGUAGGGAACAACAACUAAAUGAAUUACUUGAAAUAGAUCUUGUGAAUAGAACUUUAAGACAAAAUGGACUGUGUGAGAUUUAUGGUGUAGGAUUUGAAACUUCUGCAAAAAGGGAAACAGAAAGAAAAGGCGAAAAAAUAAAAAAUGUAGAAAAAUAUGAUCAGGUUGAAGAAGAAUUUGAUUCAACAAAGAACUUUCAUUUGAAAUUCAUAACAUCUAUACUCAACUCUGAAUACAUCGCGGCACUCUGUAAUGUACUAGCGAUAAAAGAACGUAAAAUGGUAAUGAAUACUAGUCACGAAAUACCGUUUAACAACUUUAAAGAUACCAUUAAAGAAGAUACAUUACGUAAAGAUAAAGAAGAUUAUAGCAAUGAUGUCAUUAUAUCAUUUCAACAUACGACAGGUACAUGUUCUUCGAACUCAGAUAUUGGUACAUCUUUUAAAGAUUUGAAGAAAAGUACUCAAGAAUUAUCUAGCGAAGAAAUUAACAGAUUUACCAGUACAUUUGAUGAAAUUUCCUCAAGUUCUGAAACUGCAGCUUCACAGAUCAAGCUCACAAAACCUUUUGAAAAAGAAGAAAUGAAAAAUGACUCCUCGAUUCCUAUCUUAGAAUCUAGCAAAAGUGGUAUUGAGGAAUCAUUUCAGCCUGAAAUAUCAACGACCAUUCCUGCGUCAUUAAAUAUUGAACAACAACCAGUUUUAAAGGCCUCCGAGGAGCCAUUUAUUCCUAGUUCAUCCAAUGAAAACACACCUCAAAUGACCGUUGACAGUACUGUUGACAGUACUGAAAUUCCAAGCGUCGAUAUGGUAUCAGAUAUAGAAUCUGAAGAACUUUCUGGUAUGUUAAAUAAAGUGGAGAAAGUAGAACGCCUAGAUCAGAAAGGUGAACAAGGACAAGCAGAUCUUCUAGAUCACGAAAUUAAAUUGCCUUCUCAAGAUUCUCUAGCAUUCGACAACUUACUCUCGGACUUGAAAGAUUUAGAAGGAGAAGCAGCGCAUAUUCAAAAUGGACCUGUUGCAAGCGCUUCCGUGACACAGUCAACAACAAAUACCACACCACAAAAGGAAUCUGUUUUCUUGAGAUUAUCUAAUAGAAUCAAGGCAUUAGAACGGAAUAUGUCAUUGAGUGGACAGUACUUGGAAGAAUUAAGUCGUCGGUAUAAAAAGCAAGUUGAAGAGAUGCAGAAGUUCCUUGAACGUACAGUUUCAGCAAUGAAUGAAGAAACACGAAAAAGAGACGAACGUGAAGCAAAAAGCACAGAAGAAAUAGCAAUUUUGAAAGAAGAAAUCGCUAGUCUUGCGGACUCGGUGAAAAAUUUUGUUUACGAUCGUGACAGUUGGCGAGGAAGAAUCACCAUGAUAACUCAACACUUGCUGUUAAUUUGUUCUGAAGUUUUUAUAAUAUACUUAAUUUUGCUGUAUUGUCGAGGGAAUAAGAACAAGAAGCUUGAUAUAAAGAAAAAACAACAAUCAGAAAAAAAUACGGUGCUUCGUAAAAGUGCAGAAAGCUUCGGUUCCAAUGUGAAAAAAACGAAAAAACGACGACCAAGCGAAAUCGCUUCUCACAUUACGGGCACAUAUCAUGAAUUGAUGAUUCAUGAUAGAUCUGACGAAACUAAAAAGGAAAAGAAGAAGAAACGUAAAAAGGCAUUUGCUUUAGGUGGCAAUCAAACAAAUGUAAAUAAUGACAUUGAGAGAAAUUCAAUUAUGCAAUCCAAAACUGUAUUAAAUGUUGCACAUGAAGUGGAAACAACACCGAAAAUUGCUUCGUCUGCCGAAGUAUUAAAAGUAGUUGAUUCUCGAAAGCAGAUUUAUAGAAGGCUAAAAUCUGCCCCAGAAGAAAGUGCACAUGAUGUGUUCAACGAUAGUGGUCACGAAACUAAAUGCGACGUACAAUUAGCAACAUCACACGCUGAUAAUUUAGAAAUGGAGCCUGUAAAAAGUUCUGAGUUUAAUAUUUCAUGUGUUGAAAAUGCAAAUGGAUCGAAUACACUAUCGGAAAAUUUAUUUCCCGAAAAAGACGCUUGUAGUGUGGAACCAGUUGCCAUUGAAUCGUCAACAGAUGCUUCAAAUUUUAAAAAUACUAGCGGUAUACUAAAGGAUACGAGUGUACCAUCUUCCUUCAUGAAAACUGCUUUGAGUACAAGAAAAGCGAGAAAAGCUUAUUCAUGUGAUGUGAAUGGAGAAUGGAGUCAGAAUUCAACUGAUUCUGAUGACAAGACUGCACAAGUAAGUCCUAAUCCUUCAAAAUUAUCUCCGCAAAAUAUUCACACCGAUAGUGAUACAACCACCAAUGGUCUGUUAAUGGACCAAAGUGAUGAAUCUAGAAGCAGUAGUGUAACAUCAAUGUCGAAAAAGAAGGAGAAAAAAAGUAGUGGUUUUAGAAAAAUGGUGAGAAAAUUUUUUUGA